GUUCCAUAUUUGUCGAAAUUUUUGGUUAGAUGUUUGCUAGUUGUCAGGGUCUAGUGAAAGGUAGAGUGAACGUUAACUAUGCUGUGCGACGUACCUACUACCAAUGGAGCCGUCCACAGUUCAAACUGAUCAUUGCAAAUGGUGUUGAUGGAUUGGUGAAAGAAGUAAAUCAGAUUAAGAUUCACGAGAAGAAGGAUGGGAAUAUCUCUAACAUAACCGUCGAGGAUUCAAGAUCAUCACUUUCCAAAAUUAUGGAUUCAUUCACUCCGGUGGAUUUUGCAUUCGGGUACGGUUCAGGAGUGCUUAAACAGGAUGGAUAUUCAGAAUCGGACGUACCCCAGAUUGACGUCAUCAUGGGGGUCAAUGAUCCAACCAAUUGGCACGAUGCAAACUUGAAAUUGAACCCAUCUCAUUAUUCUGCAUUGGGGUAUAUGGGACCUCGAACCAUACUGCACGUUCAAGCACUUGGUGCAGGGGUUUAUUUCAAUCCAUAUGUCCCCAUAGAACAUAAAAUGGUCAAGUACGGAAUAGUAUCCUUGAAAGACGCAUUGAAGGAUUUGGUUGAAUGGAAUAACUUGUAUAUAGCUGGAAGAUUGCAGAAACCUGUGAAAUUUCUUGUAGAUCAUCCAUUAAUCGACCAUGCAGUUGAUUAUAACCGUCAACUGGCACUUCAUCUUGCCCUUUUACUCCGAGCUUCCAGCACUAAGGAUUCGUCCAUAUCAUUCACUAGAGCUGAAUUAUAUGAAACAAUUACUUCAAUUUCAUAUCUUGGGGAUUUUAGAAUUGUUUUAGGUGGUGAAAACCCAAACAAAAUCAAAAAUAUUGUUGCAAAACAAAUGUCAAACUUCAAUGAACUCUAUGGUCCAUAUAUUGAGUCACUUCUUGAAGAGAACAUCUUACAAAUAACCAAGUCUACUUCCUCUACGUCAUUGUUGAGGUUGUCACUCUCCAAUAAUCAAUUAGAAGAAGCAAUGGAAUCAUUACCAUUGGCAUUCCGGAACAAACUUUAUCAUAAUACAACCUCAAAUUUCAUAACAGAUCGGAUUUUAUUGAGACAAAAUCUACUUAAAUCUAUAACAGCCACCGUUGGGUACCCAUCUAUAAUACAAACGGCAAAGGGAGUCUUCACCGCAGGAGCAGUUAAGUCAGUCAAAUAUGCAUGGGAAAAGAAACGGAAAAGUUUCCGUUAAACGUUUGACAUUCUUUAAAAGACCAAUCCGAUUAUUCUGAACAAUAAAAAAUAAUAAUAAUAAUAAUUAUAAUAGUAAUAGUAAUAAUAAUAAUAAUAAUAGUAAUAAUAAUAGCAAUAGGAAAAACAGCAGCAACAGCUAAGAAAGGGGCAAUGGCUCGACCCUUA